GGGAUUCGAUUCUGGGAGACCCCUGAGUACUCGGGAUGGCUCACGAAGCAAGGAGAGAUGUUGCGAACGUGGCGCAAGCGAUGGUUCGUGUUGAAGCAAGGACAUUUGGUGUGGUUCAAGACCAACGUCGUGAACGAGCGCGCGGUGACUCGAGGAGAGAUCCCGAUAGAAUCCAUCGACAGUGUGUCCGUCGCGUCAGAGGCGGCGGCUGGCAAGCCUUACGCGAUCCAUCUCGAAGGCGCUCUACCGGCGAGAAUCGGGACAAAGUAUCUCGUCGCCGAUUCCGAGCGCGAGCGAUCGCAAUGGCUCGAAGCUUUACAGAAAGCCAUGCGCGAGCGCACGUCGACCUCGACU